AUAAUAUUAAAAGACACAAUGAAAGAACAUCUCUUAAAUAAUUUUAUGAAUAUUCUCUUAAAAAUAAAAUAAGAUUAGUUUGAAGACAGGACGAAGGCAAAAGUGACAUUUGAUUGUCUAUAUAGCCGUGGCAUCCACAACCAGCAGUACCCCUUUGGACAUUUUGUUGUAGUGAAUGGUUCCUUCCUUUCUCAUUCUCAAUCAUCUCCUUUUCUCUUCUCUCUUCUCAUUGACUCUGCUCAAUACAGGACAUCCUUUUCCUUCUAAUCCAUCUGGAUAUUGGUUUUUUUGAGUGCAUAAAAACAGCCUGAAGAUCCAAGUAAUUCUGGAUAUCUAAAGCCACGCAGGAAAAAUCAGCAUGCGUUGGUUGGGUCUUUCUGUUGAUGUGUUCUGCCAAGUUGUACAGUUAAACCUGUAUUGCAAAGUUAUUCUGUAAAUCAUCAUUCCCAUAAACCCUAUAUUUUUUUCUUCUUGUGUCUUUUUCUUAGCUACAGCCAUGGAGGCCAAGGUCAUUUCGUCUGAUAAGUAUAGAAUUGGCUAAAAUAUAGGAAGUGAAAGCAGAUUCUGUUAUUUUGUAUUUUCAGUAUGUCCUCAACUCAUAUUGCUCUCUAGUUCUAGCUGAUUCUGAUUUUGUAUUUAGUUUGGUAUCUUCAUUGUUAUUUUCUAUUGGGCGGUUCUUCACCGUGUACAAUACAAUUAGAUUGAUUAAGUAGUGUGGAGAGAAACAAAAGAAGCUAUGGUGUGCCAAGCAGCAAGCCAAACAAAAUUUCGGGCAUUGAAACAUGAGUAUGGCAUUGAAGGUGAACCAACAAUUAUUGUUAGAGUGAUAGCAUGCUUUCAACCCUUGCAUUAUUGUCAGGCUGAGUACUUCCGUCAUUUGCUUAAGCCUGUCACGUAGAUUGAUUUACAUUUCCUUCUCAAUAAGCUGGAGUUUGUAGUUUUCCUUUUUUUUUCCCCUUUGUUCCUUAGAAAAGCAACAAGUUACCUCCAAAAACUUCAUAUAAGAGCACCAUAACAUCUACUGGACAUUUGUUUUAUUGGAUGGUUAAGGCUGACAGGCCUAGGCCAUGCCCACACCACGUGGCUUGGCAAUCUCCUCCUUUGAAUUACUUCAGCAUGUUGCAGAAGCCCAGCUUACUUGGUCUUCCAACAUGUCUGAAUUCUAGCACUUGCAUCUUUCCUGCUGACUGUACAUUUCCUGGGCUCGCGGCUCCUGCUAUCCCAAGUCUGAAUACUGAGCUAACAAAUGUGCAGGGAUUCCUUCAGUAUCCCAAUGCAGACACAAGCUUGAAAGAGACACAUGUUGGAGGAUCUUUGCAAAAUGCAAAUCCUUCUUUGCAGAAGAAGUUAUUGAUCUUUGACCGCUCUGGGAAUAAGACUAGGUUGUUUUAUGGUCCUGUCCUCCCUCUUGUCCAGAGUCCAACUGGUACUGCUACAAAGUUUGCUCAAAGUUAUGACAUAAAUGGGGAUGGACAGGCCAGUAAUAUAGGUCAAAAGCAUCUAGCCAAUUACAGUUUACCUGAAGAGUCUGUUAAGGAUCAUAUAUUUCUUGAAGAAAGUGAAAAGCAUGAAGAUACAGAAGAAAUUAAUGCAUUGCUUUAUUCUGAUGAUGACAGCAAUGAAGAUGAUGAUGACAAUUGUGAUGAGGUAACAAGUACAGAUCGUUCCCCUUUGGCAACUAAAAGAAUUUACUCGAUACAAGAACAAUUUGAAGACAUGAAGGAGGAAGUUGCAAGCUCUGAGUGGCCUAGCAAAAGGCUGAAGUUAAUUGAUGGUGACUACAACAGAUCAUCCCCACAUGUGGACAAUGCUAGUUUGGUAAGACCAAAUGAAACCUGUGAUUGUGUCAGUGAUGCCGAAUCAAAGAAUUCUAGUGGCUGGACAUAUUCUAUUGAUAAAACUAAAGUAGAUAAUCCAGUGGCAUGUGAUAUCAAAUUGACAAAGGAUAAGAUUCGUGAAUCACUGAGAGUUCUUGAGAAUUUAAUUCCUGGUGCAAAAGGAAAGGAGCCACUGUUAGUCAUUGAUGGAACUAUUAAAUACUUAAAACAUUUGAUGUCCCAAACUGGUGGUGCUCGUGGAGUGAGAUAUCACUAAGUACUCACAGCCACUGAGGUUGUAGUAUAUUGGUUGAAGGACACAUUUUCAUGUUGAAAAGAUGUAGUUCCUAGAAUCCUUAGCGUUGUUGAUUGAUGUGAUUGUCUAUUUGCCUUAGCAUGUUUUCAUCUUUUCUUUCUUUAAUCCUCUGUCUUGAGGUGUAUAUAUGGCUGGGAAAUAAAGGUACUAACUCUGAAAUAGAUAGUACUUCACUUUGCCACUGCAGUUGGAGAAAAAUGCGGGAAGGGGUUUCAAUUUGUUGACCAAAAUGAUUGUCCUGUAGCUUUUCUGGAGGGCUAAAGGUCACAGAUUGAAGGGAUGGGAGAUGGUAGUGGUGGGCUAUGCUGUUAAAUGAGAACACUUUUUUCCCUCAAGUGUUGCACUCUCUUGGUGAUUGACUGCAUGCGCAUUAGUUAACUGGGGUCCCACUCUCCACCCUUCUUUUCAUUCUUGGGUUUGUGCUUUUUUGUCCUCUCUCUCAAGGUUGCAAGCAUAUCAUGCUGGCAUCAACUCUAAAGUACUAAGAAAGGUUCUUGAUGUUUGGCAGGGAGAGUGCUUGAAAAGAGAGUGUGGUGUUUCAUCAUUAGUUGCUGGGGCCCUUUGUUUGGAUAUAGCAUUUGUGGUAAAGGUUACUUUGUUUUACAUGUUGAGGGAGGAAUGAUGACAAGCAAUUUGAGUUUCUGCUUUGUAAUUCAUAGGUGGGUUGAGUAGUCUAAGGUCUCUUUUUCAUGAUGUUAUUAUGUAUCUGUCGGUUGUGUGAUUGUGUGAAUAAUUGUGUAUGCUAAUGUUGGGCGUGUAUGUAGAUGCGGGUUUGAGUGUGUUCAUCUUGUAAGUUGUUAUCUGAUUUAUUUUUAUGUUUGUACAUACAUUUUCUAUCAAUAUGUGAUUCCUCAUUUCCUG